AUGACGACCGCGAAGCCAGCGAUGUGCCUGGAUCCGGGCCGUGAGUCCUUCAUUAGUUCGCCUUCGAGCGCAUCCGUGAGUCCCAGCCUGUACGAAUUCGUCCAGGAAAACGGCCGGACGUUCCACAAGUACAAGCAAGGGAAAUACUUUCUUCCCAACGACGAGAGAGAGCAAGAUCGCCUAGCCGAGGAGAACCCCGAGUCCGAGGUGCUGGGCAUUGAUUUGAGCCCCAUCCAACCCGACUACCUGCCGCCCAACUGCCGCUUUGAGAUCGACGACAUUGAAGACGACUGGGUUUUCAGCAAUAAGUUCGACUACAUUCACGGACGCUAUUUGCUUCCCUUCAUCAAGAAGGACUGGGAUCUCGUCUUCAAGUCCAUCUACGACAACCUGAAUCCAGGCGGCUGGGUCGAGUUUCAGGAGACCAUCAUCUACUUUCAGUCCAUCGACCAGUCAAUCGAGGGAACGGCGCUGCAGCGGUGGAAUGCCCUUCUGCUAGAAGGGAUCCAAAAGAUGGGCCGCAGCGCGACGGAGGCGUUGCGCUGCAAAAAAUACUUGGCGAAAGCCGGGUUUGUCAACCUCGGCGAAAAGAGAUUCGCAGUCCCGAUGAACCCGUGGGCGAAAGGCAAGGACCAGAAGACGGUCGGGGCCAUGCAAAUGGUCAAUAAUCUCGAGGGUAUCGACGGCAUUACCAUGACCGUCUUUACGCGAUCGCUGGGCUGGUCCCCGAGCGAUGUGGAGGAACUGUUGGUGGAUGUGAAGAGGGACAUGAAGGACCGGAAUAUACACGCAUACAUCACCUUAGUCGUUGCUUGGGGCCAGAAGCCCUUCUAG